AAAUUUAUUUUGCUUACCGAAUGAGCAGACUAGUCAACUCAUUUGGUUUUACAAGUAGCACUUGAACGCAGCUGUCUGGGAGGUUAGAGUCUGGUUCCGUCUCCUCAGCUGGUUCGCUUCAUUCAACUGCUUCUACUUCGAGCCCGCAGAGGGUGUGGGAAGGAAUCACGGAGGUCCUCAGUAUUUGAAAGUCUUUAUUGGCCGAGAUGGCAGCCAUCAGGAAGAAGUUGGUCAUCGUCGGGGAUGGCGCAUGCGGGAAGACCUGUCUGCUCAUUGUCUUCAGUAAGGAUCAGUUCCCAGAGGUCUAUGUCCCCACUGUUUUUGAGAAUUACAUCGCCGACAUUGAAGUGGACUGCAAACAGGUGGAACUGGCACUCUGGGACACGGCGGGUCAGGAAGACUACGACAGAUUGAGGCCUCUAUCCUACCCCGACACAGACGUUAUCCUCAUGUGCUUCUCCAUAGACAGCCCCGACAGUCUUGAGAACAUUCCAGAAAAAUGGACUCCUGAAGUGAAGCACUUUUGUCCCAACGUCCCUAUUAUCCUGGUGGGCAACAAGAAAGACCUACGGAAUGACGAGAACACGCGCAGAGAGCUGGCAAAGAUGAAACAGGAGCCGGUCAAGUCAGACGAAGGCAGAGACAUGGCCAACCGCAUCAGCGCUUUUGGCUACCUGGAGUGUUCAGCCAAGACCAAGGACGGUGUGCGGGAGGUGUUCGAAAUGGCCACUCGCGCCGCUUUGCAAGUCCGUAAGCGCAAGAAGAGGAACGGCUGUACGCUCCUGUGAAAGUGCAGGUCGCGUGCCCAAGGGCCAAUGAGGAAGGGCUUCCCCUAAUCACCUCCCACUACCACCACUGGACGUGGAGAAAGCUUACAUCAGCGGCUUCCGUGGACCGUGCAGCCAUGCCACCGGCCAAUAUGAAAGACUGACACGCUUAUAACAGCUAAACAUCAGCCUUUGUAGGACUUUCCUCUGCUUCUUACAUUUUUUUUUCAUCAUCCUUGUGUCGAUGCUGAGGACCCGCGCCUUCCUCCUCCUGAUGUUUGUAUUUAUAUGUGCAUUUAAUUUACAAAUAUAUCACAUCUGCUUCUGCAAUGAGUAAUGACA